AUGGAACCAUCGCGUUAUCACGAAUUCAUAUGGGCACAGGUCAAGCCUGGAAGGUGGGAACGAGGUAUUGAUGAAAUCGAACAGUUCUACACCACGUUGGCAAGAAGGUUCCAAGGUACUGGCAAGACCUUUUUUGCCAUGACAGCCCAUGUCUCUUUCUCCGUUAGGAGAACUCAAUCUACAAUCGAAAGCAAUGAGCUGCAUGUUACGAAUGCGUUGCAAAAAGCGUGGUUGCGUCUCCGAUAUGACCACCCCACAAUUGCGUCAUGGGUCGAGUACAAUCGCGAGGAAAAGAGAUGUAAGAAGGUCUAUGAGACAGUUCCGGAAUCGGAAAAUAUUCCUGCAUCUGCCUGGCUGAAAGAAACUUUCCGAAUCGUUUCCACCAGUCAGUCAUGCCAAGAUUGGUGCAAUUCAGAUCCUCCUGUGCCCAAGCUACCAACUUUGUUUCUCAUAAUACAACCUACUUCAUCAACCAACAGCAAAUUCUCCGCUGACAUUGUUUUGCGGUCACAACAUGAUAUCAUCGACGGCAUUGGGUCGCUUCAUUUGCUUAACAACUUGUUCAAAUGUGCACGCACUGCUCUCGACGAUACAAACACCUUCCAUAUACCCAACUUUGGCGAUGAAUGGAUGAAUCUCAGCCCACCGUUUCGAGUAGCAGCUUCCAUUCCACCUAGCUUGACGGUGGAACAAGAAACGCGAUUGAAACGGAUUCUGGAGAAGAAUGCCUUGCUUCGGCAAGGCAUUCAAAUUGCCACAGUUCCUCUUCAAUCCGAGCAACUUGUUCCCGGCCGCCACCAGCGAGUCUCAUUAAAUCUGGAUUCCCGUCAGACUCAAAAAUUGCUCAUCAUUUGCAAGAGCAUUGGCGCUAGUGUAACGCAUGUAUAUCAUGCUGCAAUUGCAGUCGUUCUUCGCGACGCGCAAGAAAAAUAUUAUGAGGAACGCAAUGUUCGAUAUAUCAGCUACUCAUUGAUUAAUGAACGUGCGCAUUGCAAAGCACCAUACAAUACGUCACUACAUGCGGUUUCUGUGUAUCACUCCGCCUCUGGUCCGAGCCUUGCCAUCGAUUUGACAGUCCCCGCCGCUGCCCUAACCGAUCAAACAAAGGACGACAGAGCUUCCGAAUUUGUCCAGGUAGUUGAACAGGUCAAAGACUACUAUAUCGGAAUACGGAAUGAUCCAGAACAUAUCUCUUUGAUUCCGUCAUACUGGAACCUUUCCACUCCGCCUUAUCCUGACAACUCACAUGUUCCGCCUAUUCCUCUGCCGAACAAGGCACCUUCAGUCUCAAUCUCUAGUUUGGGGGUGAUCGACAACAUUAUAUCCCCAACACAUGGUCGGUUUGAGCUGGAUGAGCCUUGGGUUACGGGAGAGGAGCUCGGUACAGGAUUAGGCCUUUUCCUCGGUACUUUCCGUGGCUGCAUGAGCUUAAGCGCCGCAUACAAUGAUGCCUGGCACAACGAAACUGAGGUCAUGGAAUUUUUGAGCAAAUGCAAUAGCCUUGUGCUUGAGGCUUUGGGGGUGUAG